GAAAGAGCUAUUAAAGCUAACAUUUUGUGAAUCAAACAAUCUUGUCUCAAGCUCCCAGACGAUGAUCGAUGAAAGGAGAGAGAUACUGUGAUUCGUUCAUCCACUGGCUCUUGGAAAUUUUGAAUCGAAUAAAUCACAGUGGAGUUAAUUGAAAGUUAAAUGGUAAUUCACUUACACUGAAUCAUCUGUACGGAAACCAAGCCCCAUACCGACCCAGUAUCUAAGAUCAGCCUGUAUUAGCAUAGCCCAGGCUAUGAGACUGAGUCUUUGAAGUUUUUGGGCUGCAAAAGUCUUUCUACGGCCCCGGACAGAUAUAAAAGAAACAAUAUUUCCUUCAACUUCCUCCCCAUAUCCCGCAACCCAACAAAUAACAACGCUCUCUCAAAUAUGCCCUUCACAAAAGAAAGGGUCUACGACCCCGAAAUCGCCCAAGCCCACACCACCACCUCCUCAGACCAAGACCUCCCCCUCAACUCCAAAGAGACCGCCAUCCACAGCUCAUCCCUCCAAGAAGGGAGUACCUGGUACGCCAAAGCCCAUCACUAUGCCAGUCGUUUCGGCGUCGAAUCCCGCGGUAUCGAACGCGUUCCCAGCGAUGAACGCAGUACUGCCGGUAUGAGCCAGAUUGGCACAUUAUGGUUAUCGGCCAACUUGGUCGUGUCCUCUUUUGCGAUCGGAGCAUUGAGCUAUCCGGUUUUUCAUCUGGGGUUUGUGGAUACGGUGCUGAUUAUUUUGUUUGUGAAUUUGCUGGGGGUGAUACCAGUUGCCUUUUUUUCAAUGUUUGGACCGAGGUUUGGGUUGAGACAGAUGGUCUUGAGUAGGUUUUAUUUUGGAUGGUAUGGGGUUAAGAUUAUUGCAAUCUUCAACUGUCUUGCAUGUAUUGGCUGGUCUGCCGUGAACGUCAUAGUCGGCGCGCAACUCUUCAACGCGGUUAACCCUCGCAUGCCAGGCUGGGCGGGAAUAAUUGUCAUCGCAGCAGCUACUUUCAUCAUAACCCUUUUUGGCUACAAAAUCGUACACACUUAUGAACGCUACUCCUGGAUCCCCUGUCUUAUAAUCUUCCUCAUAGUACUUGGUGAAUUUGCCCACAGUGGUAACUUCAUCAACACUCCCAUGGGCAUAGGCAAAUCCGAAACAGGAGCCUGUCUCUCCUUCGCGGCGAGCAUCUUUGGUUUUUCAACGGGCUGGACAAGCUAUGCCGCAGAUUACACCGUAUAUCAACCUAUCAACCGCAGUCGGAAAUCCAUCUUUCUCUGGACAUUUACCGGGUUGAUAUUUCCGCUCCUAUUUACUGAAAUUUUGGGCGCCGCUGUGGCUACGGCAAUGGCUAGUAACGGAGGAGACAACGUCUUCAUGAGCAACUACAUCAAUUCAGGGAUCGGAGGACUUCUUUCCUCAGUCCUCGUCCCCCCACUUGGAAGAUUCGGACAAUUUUGCAUCGUUAUCCUCGCUCUCUCUAUCAUCGCAAACAACUGUCCGAACAUCUAUUCCGUGUCUCUCUCCCUGCAAGUUCUUUCCUCGGCCACUGCACGCGUACCGCGUUUCUUUUGGACCUUCAUCGGAACAAUCAUCUAUUGCGCAAUUGCCAUUCCCGGGUACGGAAAUUUUGCAUCGAUCCUGGAGAAUUUCAUGCUCGUGAUAGCUUACUGGCUAGCGAUAUAUGAGGGAAUCGCACUCUCGGAGCAUAUUUUCUUCAAGAAGGGAUUCCAAGGAUAUCGACCCGAGAAUCACAUGGAUGCCAGUCGGUUACCGCCGGGGAUGGCCGCGAUGACGGCUUUUCUUUUUGGGGUUAUGGGCGCAGUGCUGGGUAUGGCGCAGGUGUGGUUCACGGGGCCGAUUGGGAAGUUUUGUGGUGUGGAGUAUGGAGGGGAUGUAGGAUUUGAGUUGGCUUUUGCGUUUUCGUCAAUUUCGUAUUGUGGGUUGAGGUGGUUGGAGAUUAAGAGGUUUGGGAGAUAGGUGAGAUGGCAGAUCUAGGGCUAGAUAUGUCUGGCUGGGUUGGAUGUAUAGUGUAUGACAUGACAUGACGUGAUUUAGGACAUGUUGGCGGAUGCUUUGUUUAUGGGAACUAUUAUGGCGACAGGCUUAUUCUAAAAGAUAUCAGGUUAAGGGUUGGCGGGCGGCGAGAUUUAUGAAAGCAUGUAUUCAUACGUAUAAAAGGAAAGCAAAGGAAAGCAAGCA